CCCUAGAAAAAAAGAAGGAAUAUCAAAAAAAAAAGCUUUUCUCUGGGUUUAUUUCUUGAUUGGUCAGUUACACAUAUCUCUCCCUCUCUCUCUCCAUCUCUCCUCUCUUGCUUCAUCUGUUUGGUCUCCUUCUUUGCUUAUUUCUACCAAUUACAUAGAACUUAAACAAGAAGUAAAGAGAAAAGAUUCAGACAUGGGUUAGUCUUCAGUUUCUAAAAAAAAAUCCUCUUUCUUGUCCUUCUUCUAUCUAUCUUUCUCCACUUUUUUAGGGUUUAGGGCAAGUAUGCGUGAGUUACAUCCUCUUUGAGCUACUCUGGAUUCCCCACCGUCCAACGACCGCCCUCUCCGCCGUCGCCGCCUCGACCAAGAACAAGAAGACGACCCUGAGCUUCCUCAAUAUGCUCAACCAAUGGCAGACGACGACGAACCUCACCACCUCCUCCACCCUCCGCCUUCAAUGAGGCGCCGCGCUACCUCGGAGGCGGCGAACGGCGGCUGCGGGGAGAUAGUGGAGGUGCAAGGAGGCCACAUUGUGCGUUCCACGGGGAGGAAAGAUCGGCACAGCAAAGUCUGCACGGCCAAAGGACCACGUGACCGGCGCGUGAGGCUAUCUGCUCACACGGCGAUUCAGUUUUACGAUGUUCAAGACCGCCUCGGCUUCGACAGGCCGAGCAAAGCCGUUGACUGGCUCAUCAAGAAGGCUAAAACCUCCAUCGACGAGCUCGCUCAGCUUCCGCCGUGGAACCCCGCCGAAGCAAUGCGCAUCGCCGCCGCAAACGCCAAACCGAGAAGAACCGCCGCCGCGAAAACUCAUGUCUCUCCGUCGCCGCCGCCGCCGCCGCAACUUCAGUUCGGUGGAUUCGACGGAGUAGGAGAGCAUCGGAGUAAUAACGGUAACGAGACGAGUUUUCUCCCGCCGUCGAUGGAUUCGGAUUCGAUCGCUGACACUAUAAAGUCGUUUUUUCCGGUGGUUGGCUCUUCCACGGAAGCUCCUCCUCCGGAGCAGCUUAUGCAGAACUUUCACCACCACCACCAUCAUCAUCAGCCGCCGGAUUUGCUUUCAAGAACUAAUAGCCAUAACCAAGAUCUCCGUCUCUCGCUGCACUCUUUCCCGGACGGUCCAACGUCGCUUCUCCACCACCAUAACCAUAACCACCACUCCUCCGCCGCCUCCGCCGCCGCCGAGCCUGCUCUGUUCUACGGACAGAGCAAUCCGCUAGGGUAUGAUUGGGAGCAGCAGUCGUCAGAAUUCGGGAGGAUUCAGAGACUGGUGGCUUGGAACAGCGGCGGAGCAGCAACAGAAACAGGAAACGGAGGAGGAGGAGGGUUUCUCUUUGCUCCUCCGGCUACUUCGACGUCGUUUCAGCCAGUACUUGGCCAAAGUCAGUUUUAUUCACAGAGGGGUCCCCUUCAGUCCAGUUACAGUCCCAUGAUCCGUGCUUGGUUUGAUCCUCACCACCAUCAAUCCAUCUCCACCGACGAUCUCAACCACCAUCAUGUUCCUCCGCCGGUUCACCAAGGUGAGUUCUCUUCCGGUUUUCGCGUACCAGCACGGUUUCAGGGACAAGAAGAGGAGCAGGAAGAUGGUCUCUCCAACAAACCGUCAUCUGCUUCCUCCAUUUCUCGCCAUCGUUAACAAUUCAGACAAUAUCCUCUGGUUCCAGGUUAUUACAAAGUCUGUCUUUUUUUUUACUUCAAGCUCAGGCUGUCUUGUUAGUUGAACUAAAAAAGAAAACAUUUUGCUAGGGCUUGUCAAAGCUUCCACUCACAUUGAAAGCUUUGGCUUAGAUUGUUCGGAACAGGGAAGGCGUUUUGUAUUCAAUGGCUUGAAAGUAAAAAGGCAAGGAGAGGAUGAAAGAGUGGAGAAAGAAGACCAAAUGUGGCCUACAAUCUCAGGUUCUUUCAGUAUCCUCCUGACCUUUGUCAUUUGUAAUUUUCAUCUUUUUCACCAGUUAGAUCUGUAGCUCAAUGAUGGUUAGAUCCCAUGGUUUCUCUCUUGUUGUGUUGCGUCUGAAAACCUUUUUGUUGUGUGUUGUAUUAUCAUCCUCUUGUUACUGCAAUAGCCAGAUACUUGAGAAAUUUCAGUUCCCU